AUGGCGUCGUCUUCGCUCCGCUUUGUCAUGGUCUGCCAGAAGUGCGAAACGAAGCUGCGCACGACCGCGACGUCGGAUCCCUUUCGUAAUCGGAAUGCAGCGGGCUUUUUGGUUGCCACAGGAUCAGGGUCGCGUGCCGCGCCUGCGCGUGGUCCGGCAGCGCCUGUCGGUGGCGGCCGCAAGAUUGGCGAGAACAAGCUGCUUUCCAAAGCGAAUCGCUUCUCGCCGUUGGAUGCCAAGUGCAAACUGUGCAAGCAGCGAGUUUCACAGGAACGUGCCCAGUACUGUCAAAACCUUGCCAUGGUCGCUUCCACCACGCCUACCAACCUGCGCAACAAUGAAGGGAUCGCGAACUACAACAAGUUUUGGCAGGCGAACUCUACCAAUGACUCCAAAGUGGACAUGGACAAUCGGUUGGACCAGUACACCACUGUGGUGAAUAGCUACUACGACGGUGCAACGGAUUUGUACGAGUACGGUUGGGGUACCAAUUUUCACUUUGCGCGGUACUACCCCGGUGAGGCAUUCUACCAGGCCAUUGCGCGUCACGAACAUUUCCUUGCCCACAAGAUGAGCUUGCGCCGCGGGAUGCGCGUCCUCGAUGUUGGCUGUGGUGUUGGCGGUCCUGCGCGCGAAAUUGCGCGCUUUUCCGAGGUAAACAUUGUUGGCGUAAACAACAAUGCGUACCAAGUCGACCGUGCGAACCGCUACACUGCGAAGGCCAACCUUGAGAACCAGGUCGAGUUUGCCAAGGGCGACUUUAUGAACCUCGUGAGCCAGUUUGGUGAGAACAGCUUCGACGCUGUGUACGCCAUCGAAGCCACCUGCCAUGCGCCCUCGUGGGAAGGCGUGUACAAGCAAAUAUUUGACGUGCUCAAGCCCGGCAGUGUAUUUGGCGUGUACGAAUGGUGCAUGACUGACGCAUACGACGCCAACAAUCCCGAGCACCGCCGUGUUGCCCACGGCAUUGAACUUGGCGAUGGCAUCCCUGAAAUGCGCACGAUUGCACAGGCGCGCGCCGCGCUCAAGCACGUUGGUUUCGAGAUCGAGGUCGACGAGGACCUGGCAGACAAAGGCGACAAGGUCGAGUGGUACUAUCCCCUUGAGGGCGACAUCCGCAAGGUGCAGACGUUCUGGGACAUUUUUACCUGUUGGCGCAUGACACGUCUCGGCAAGUUUACCACGCAGACGGGCGUCUCCAUUCUCGAAAAGUUGGGGCUCGUGCCCAAAGGCACGUACGACAUGGGCGAGUCCCUCAAGGUCGCUGCCGACGCCCUGGUUGCCGGUGGCCAGCAGAAGCUCUUCACCCCGAUGAUGCUUUUUGUCGCGCGCAAGCCGAGUAAAUAA